UCCCCCGAAGGUCGGAGGUGGGCGAGACCCGAAGGUAUGUUGUUACACGUGUCGCGGCAUGAUUUGCCGUCGUUCUGACUUCUCCUCGUUUUUACCGUUGUGUGAACAGUGCGAAGUUACCCCCCUAUAAAAGGAGGCGGGGAGGAAAGGUCGCUUUCACGCUCUCAUUCCUUACGAACUUUCGCCCGCUUGUCGAAUUUUGGCACGCGGCGCUUUCCGAUUCGCCCCAUUCUUUGGGUUGUGAAAGCGACCUGUUCCGUCCCAUUCUUCGCGGCGGUUGUGGAAAGGGAAGGAUUGUUCUGCUAAGUCUUUGUGAGUUUUCGCUUCAACUUUUUUGCUGGGAUCUUCAAGAUUUGUUCAUUACGAUUCUGAACAUUUGGUUUGUUUAGGGAUGGCUCGGUUGAAGGUUACUGCAAGGCCCAUUGGAUCCGAGGACAUCGAGCCUUCGGAAGAGGAGAGAAGGCAGUUGUCUGAGGGAGAGGAGGAUUUGACCAGCGUGGACGCUGAUCCUUCGGAGUUGAUGGGGUCCCGGGAGAAGCCUCCUUCUACUCUCAUUUUUGGUCAGUCGCGGGCGACCCGGGAGUUGGUCGAGAGUUAUGCGCAGAAAGGGUAUUUUGGCCCCGGAGUUUGCCGUGCCCCUGGUGAUGAGAUUACACCGGACCCUCGUGAUGGAGAGUGUGUUGUGUUUCGAGACUUCUUUUCUGCCGGUCUGCGUUUUCCGCUGGACCCCGUUUUUCCGAAGCUUCUCGCCCGGUUUGGCCUUCGGAUGCACCAUCUUACCCCAAACGCCAUCGUGCAGCUGUCGAAGUUUUUCUGGGUGGUCAAAACCUUCGAUGGGCCGAUUAACGUGGAUGCUUUCUGUAGACUCUACGAGAUGCAUCCACAGACGCGGAAGGUUUCUUUUGGCGAAGAUCCACAAGUAUAUUCUGCUCCGAGUGGGUGUUGUUCGUUCCACCCAAGGAAGACCAACAAGACCCAAGGAAUCGACAGGAUAGAGCUAUCUUAUUGCCAGAAGAACAAGUGGGAAGAUGAUUGGGAGUAGUACUGGUUUUAUGCCAAGAUUGGUUUUCCUAGUGUUGAUUCUUCGGAAGGAGUCUCCUAUCCCCUUGCCUCGAAGGUUGCCGGCUACAAGGAGUGCUACUCCGCGUUUGCUUCUGUGGCGCGUGUCGUGAGCGGUCGGGAUCUGAUCGAAGAAUAUCUGGCCGCGAAGGUCUGGCCGUUGACGAGGGAUUGGUUACUAGGGGCCUUUUCGAAGGUUCGAGUUGCUGGCUUGAAAGAUAAGCUUCCUUUCCUAGAUUUUGGCUUGCGGAAACCCAAAGGUGUUUCUGACGAUAUGAUCGUCGAAGAGAUCGAGCAGGAGGCAGUUGCUAUUGCCGGUCCUUUUUUGUCGAAGGAGCGUGACUCAUUUGAAGCUAUUUGCUCCGAGAAGGUUAGGGUGAACCGGAGUUUUCUGAAGAUGGGUGUUGUGUAUGGCCCCCGCGAGGAUCCUCAUGAGAGGAAGAGGGGGGCAAAUACUUCUGCGCCCUCCGCGAGGUUAUCCGAAGGUCCGACCGCCAAGAAGGCCGAGCCCGUUGUUGCUCAGUCUGCGAGGGCUCCAAAGGUAGUCGCUGAGAGACCUUCGGGCACCUCCAGGAUCAGGCCUGCGGCGGGCGCGGUGAAAGAUUCAAGGGGGAAAGGUAUCUUUCCUUGCGGUUACUUUUUUCAUAUUGCUAGGGAGGAUUUGGGUAGCGAUGCUUUUAUGCGGGAGCUUCGCGCUACGGAGAGUAACGUUCCCUGGCGCUCGCGCACUGGUGAAAGGGUUCACAUUUAUCUUGAUCAAUUUAGUUCGUUCCGUGCAGAGCCAGACACUGUAGGUGCUGUCUUGACGGCAGUGCAAAAGGGUGUCAAAUCUUCCCUUCGGGUUGUGAAUCUUCUGGACGAGGAAAGUGACGAGGAGGCACCUUCGGUUCUCGCGAAGGUUCAGCCUAAGAGAGUUGUGGAGCACCCCCCAGCUCUUGCUUGAAGAGAAGUCAUCCCCAGAGAAGGAUGAUGACAGAGAGGGGGGAAGGAGGUUUCCACUGGAGGAUCCCAGGGUGCUGACGGGAAGGAUGAUCUCAUGGAAGCCCCGAAGGAUUCGAUUGCUUUUCAGGCCGGCAAAGAGGACAAAGCCCAAGGGACCGCGGGGGCUGACGGCCAUUUGAUUGAAGCGAAAGAUCGGUUUUUUGAACUAGGUACCUUCUCGAUCUCUAGGCGCCUUGCUUUCCAAGGGCCUGACAUUGACCCUUAUCUUCGGUACCCCCUUCAAGUAGAUGUUGCAAGCGUGAUGAAGGAGCUCGGGGAUUUGCUGGAGCUGGAACCUUCGGAGGAUGAGACUGUUGGGGUCGCGUCGAGGGACCAGCCAGCUCUCCCCGGGGACGUCGAGAAUUUUGAUGCUGAGGGUACGGCGCUCUGGCCUUGUCUUCUUUUAGGUCUUGUGUUUUGUGCAGUUUUGUCAUGUGUUUUGGCGUGUGUAGGUUUUAUGAAGGGUUUGGGAGUUUACGGGACCGGAAGUCUUGGCCGAAUCACGGCGUCAUUGUGCGCGAAGGUUUGUGCCGUGUGUUAAGUUUUCUUUGAAUGGCGGUGUUGGUUUUAAGCCUGGUUUGCUUUCAGGCUUUGCUUGCCAGCCGUGAAGUUGUGGGUAGCGCGAGGAAGGAUGAGCAUGAUUUUCUGGCUCACUCUGCUGAGAAGGCUCUCCUGUUGGAGCGGAUUAUCACUUUGGAGAAGGAAAACGAGGCCUUGGAGAACCUUCACGGUUCUUUGACGUCGGAGAAUGAGCUCCUGAAGGGGAGGGUAUCUGAACAAGAAGAGACCAUUUCGAAGAUGCAGGAGAAAAUAAGCCUAGGCGAAGGUGUUCUUGAGAAUCUUCGAAGUGUGGUAGAGAAAGAUGCUGCGAAGGUUGUUAACCUUCAAACGGAGGUUCGCCAACUCAAAGCCGAUGUCGAGAGAAAGAAUGUCAAGAUCUCAGAGCUUGAGGAGGUUGAGGAGGACCGCGUGAUGUGGGAGUCCGCCUCGCAGGACAUCUUAAACAAGAGCGCGGCCAUCCGCGAGGAAUACCGCAAGGCUUUGGCGUCUUUCGGUGCUGAGCCCUCGCCUUUCCCAGAGUACUCCGAAGGUGGCGCGUCAGGGCUGCUCGAUUGGCUGUUGGGUGAGUUUGAGGACUUGGGUCGGAUUUUGGCUAGCGUGUCGGACAACACUGCAGUAAUGACUUGUGAAAGUGUCAUGGCUGUUUUGGCUUGCGAAGGUUGCCGUGAGCUGGAAACAAUUGGCGUGCGGGAUUAUGCCUUUCCAGAUUAUGCUGAGCUUGAGGAAGAGAUUGCGAAGGUUCAGCCUGUUAAAAAGGCUUUCCUUCGUAAAUUUUGGAAGCUUUCUGGUCGGCAAGUGGUUCAGGAGGCUGCGCGACGGAGACUAGAAGAGGCAAGACGUGCUCGCGAAGCCGCGAAGGAUGUUGUGGAGGAAGGUGCUCGUCUUGAGGACAUCGCGGGAGGGUCUGUGGCUGGCGGAUGCUCCGGGGCUCUAAACGAGAGUGAUGCUUCUCAGGUUUAGAGCCGCGACAACUUUGGUUAGGGGUUUUUGUGUGGUGGGGAGAGAUCCAGCCUUGUAUAGUAACUCACUCGUUUCUUGAUUAGGCAAUCGUGCCUGCCAACCAUGCUCUUUAUGCUCGACCACUGCGUAUCCAUGGCGGAGGUGUUAUCGUGAGCGGGACGGAUUGGGAACGCUUUAGUUUUGCUAAUCCAGGUGCUAGUGUCGCUGAAUUCUUGAGGUGGUUUGAUGGUAGCCUCGUUUAGUACUUGGAUUCGUGGAUGCCUGACUUUGUAUUGGAUCUGAUUCAUCCUUUGAGAUGGCUUUAGCUUAUAUGUGUUUCAUCCUUCGUGGUGGCUCUUGUUUUGGAACUGUUCCAUCCUUCGAGAUGGCUUUAGUUUAUAUGUGUUCCAUCCUUCGUGGUGGCUCUUGUUUUGGAACUGUUCCAUCCUUCGUGAUGGCUUUUGUAGAUCUCCGGAGGGAUAAGAGCUUUUUAUUUCGAAAGCGU